CCGGAAGCUCGGGUACCAACCACAAAAACAGACCUCUGGUUAGCAGCAGCAGCAGCAGCAGCUAAUAACCUUAACGAAAUUCAAACAACCCACAGUUAAUACUUGAGCCAACAAAUUAUCUACCUGGUGCAUCGUUCAUCGCCAAGGUCAACAUUUCAUCUGUCAGGAACAUGGGCCGCAGCAGGAGCCGAACUCCGCCGAGACGAGAAAGAAGGCGUUCCCGCUCAACGUCACGGGAGCGCGAGCGAAGGCGACGGGAGAGAGAGCGCUCUCGUUCACGGGACCGCGACAGGCGCAGAAGUCGCUCGCGGUCUCCUCACAGGAGGCGUUCCAGGUCUCCCGCUAGACGUCAACGCUCCUCCUCCCUCUCUCCUACGAGACAAAAAGGAGGACGUGAUGAUGAACGCAAAGAGGCCAAGGAAAAGUCCAUUCAGAUUUCAGAGGAGGACAUGGAGGGCAAAACAGAAGAGGAAAUUGAGAUGAUGAAACAGAUGGGAUUUGCUUCCUUUGAUACCACAAAGGGGAAGAAACAGACUGGAUCAGUAAAUGCAUUUGCCAUCAACGUGUCCAUGAAGAGAAAAUACAGGCAGUACAUGAACAGAAAAGGUGGAUUCAACAGACCACUGGACUUCAUCGCUUGAAAGUGUCAGCGGCUCAGUGUGAUACCCAAGAAGCUUACCUCUGCCCCCCUCUUAGUGGGGGAUAUUGUGCUAUUUCCUGUAAUUUCUACCUUAGUUUUGUGUGAUGCAUCAAUUCUGUGUAUAUCUUUUUUACCAGUAAACACAUAAAUGUAAAUAAUGGCGCGGAGUAUUAACCUGGUGUGGACACAAUGCAUGGAGCUGUAUGUUGUUUAAGCGGCUGUUUUAUUUGGAAUAAAGGCAUUUUCAAAUGUU